UGUGAAAAUAAAACUUACUUGACGGCACGAUUUUAAAGUUUUAUUGCGCCAGUGGGCACGCGCGAACUCAUGAAAUCAUAAAUGAUAACUUUAUGUCUCAUUUUAAGAGCAUUUAUGUUGACUCAGUUAGCAGGAACUGUUUACGUAACACUAAAAUAAAUAAACGAACGGACACUUGGAACAUAACGAAUGCCACAAAUGUGUAAGAUAAAUAUAAACAAAUGGAAAUGUAUAUCGGUUAAGUGCUAAUGAGAACAGUUUAUUAGGUUAUUUUGUUCAAGUGACCAUUCUAUCAGCAAGAAGAGAUUUAAACGGCACAGAUAAGAGUUGGAACUUACUAAAGUGGUAUAAUGGUAUGAAAAAUAUAUGGAUGUUCGGAGUUUUUUUUUUUAAAGACGGACUGAUUAAGAGCAAUGGAUGGAAUUUAUUUCAAAUGAAAACAACAAAGUCAGUUUUCUUUGUAACCACUGCACUGUAUUAACAAUAAACAAUAUUCUACAGACAAACUGAGUACACUAAUCCCUGAAUAUAAGCCAUCGCAUUGAAAAUAACCAACGUAUUUUGCGGUAUGUUAUCGCGCCGCAUUAAAAUGGAGUGGUUUACUAUGCGAAGUAAGUGGACAGUUUAUUAUGACAUUGAGUGGUGAAUUUGAUAGGUGUAGGUCCCUGAAAAAUUACUGUUCGUUUUUAGCAAUGUAGUAUUAAAAGACAGUGUUAAAUUGUUACUGAUGUAAUCAUGAAUAAAUCUAAGACAGACCUGGAGGAGUUCGGACAGUACAAUUUUGGAAAUUACCUAUGGAUAUAUGGAUCACCGAUACUAAUUGUCGUCGGAACUUUCGGAAAUUUUAUUUCUAUUCUAGUACUUCUACGACCAAAGUUACGCUGUUCAACGACAAUGUUUUAUUUGACUUGCCUCAGUUUUGGUGAUUUAUUCACCUUGUACACCGGUUUACUACGAUAUUGGAUAAGAAGGGCCUUCGAUGUUGAUGUUAGACACUUAUCGGAUGCUUCAUGUAAAAUACAUACUUUCCUGGUGUAUGUGUCCCUUGACUUUACAGUAUGGGUACUUGUUUCAGUUACAGUAGACAGAUGUUUGUCUGUGUCAAUUCCUUUCAAGGCGAAACUAUUAUGCUCUUUGAAAAGGUCAUUUUGUGUUAUUGGUGCCAUUUUUCUUUUUCUGGUUUUAAAGAAUAUGCACUUCUUCUGGAAUCUAGGUCUGGUCAAUACGUGGGAAUUUCGAUGUGACGGCAAAAGCGAAGCAGCGGAAAGUUUCCUCCGAUAUAUUUGGCCAUGGAUUGACUUCUCAACAUUCUGUUUAAUUCCAUUUGCCAUCAUGAUUGCCUGCAAUAUCAAAAUAAUCUUUGAAAUGAUCAGCUCUCAAAGAAAAUUGGAUAAACACAACAAUUUCUAUCGUACUUCCAGAAAAUCGGACAGUCCUUUAACAAAUGAGGAUCAUUCAGAUAUGGCCAUUCAGUCGAUGACAAUGCAAGAUACAACUCCAACAAAUGAAGUGACUCCACAAAUCGCAUCAACACAAACGUCGCACGUGACAUCACGGCAAACGUCACGACAGACGUCACAAUUAAAAAGACAGUCUCCGAUUCGGAGAAUUUCUUCUCUUACCGCUAUGUUGUUGACAGUUAAUUGUGUGUUUCUUAUAACCACGUCACCAAUUCAGGCAUUUUUGAUUGGUGAGGAAUACUGGUUUCCGGACAAAACACAGGAACAAAUAGCCUGGUACAAUUUCUGGUGGGCUGUUGUAAAUAUGUUACAAUAUAUUAACAAUGCUAUUCAUUUCUUUUUGUACUGUUUAACUGGUCCAAGAUUCAGAAACGAAUUAAAAAGUAUAUUCCUGAGAAACCAUAAAAUUGCAGUCAUUAAACAAAAAUCAGGAGAAACGGAAUUAUGAAAGUGUAGAACUUAAGUGUUUUUUUUAAUUUUACUGCUUGUUAAAAUACAGGAUAUUGUGUAACUUCUAAAUUUUAUUUAAACUAGAGAUGCUUUUGAGAAAAGCGCAUAUCUCCCACAACUGCCCCUAAGAAAAAAUGUCAAGUUUCUCUAGAUGGUUUAGACGAGUGGAUCCAAAUAAAUGGUCUGGACAAGUGGAUCCAAACCGUAAUUCAAGGGCCAUAAUUCAAAAGUGCCUGGGCGGAUUUGACUAGUUAUCGAAAUGUUCGACUUAGAGAGCGGACAAGAGUAAAAAGGCGGAUUUUUCGGUAAUUCAAAGGCUUGGACCUUCAAACUCCAAAAUGCUUGGACCGAUUUGGCUAGUUAUCGAACUUGGCCGAGGUCUCAUGGUCAAACACAUUUUAUUCAAGUUUGGUGAAGAUCGAAUUAGAAAUGUUUGACUUAAGAGUGCGGACAAGAGUAAAAAGGCCGAUUUUUGGUAAUUCAAGGGCCAUAACUCCAAUACGCCUAGACCGAUUUGGCUAGUUAUCAAACUUGGCCGAGGUCUCAUGGUCAAACACAUUUUGUUCAAGUGUGGUGAAAAUCGGAUGAGAAAUGUUUGACUAAGCUUUGUGACAGACACACACACAGACACACACACACACAGACUGGAGUAAAUCAAUAUGUCUCCCACACCACUGUGUGGUGGGAGACAUAAUAAUACUGAACAGUUUUUCUUUGUUUUCUUUCUUCAUAAAUAUUUGCCACAUCAUAAUUUAAAGUAUUUAUAUACUUCUCACUAUUGAAUUAACAACAGCCACUUGAGAAUUUUGUAAAGCUUGUUAACUAGAAUAUGAUUGCUGUAUAAAAUUUAUUUUAAAUGAAAGCGGUAUCAACAAUAAUA